AUGAAACAUUCGUCAAUAGAAAUAUCAAUACUUAUAAAUCAAAAAUCAAAUAUACUUACUAUAUAUCAUAUAAUACUCACAGAGAAAUCAACUUCUUAUGUGGACGAACAAAUCGAAAUGAUUCGAUCUAAUGAUAAUCAAGAUGAUGAGGAAACCAACACAAAAAAAGGCCAAACGAAAGUUUCCAAGAGAAAAGCCAAAAUGGAUAAAAAAGCUGCUGAUAUGGAUGAUUUGAAAAAAGAAUUGGAAAUCGAUGAUCAUUAUGUCGAAUUAGAUGAACUUUUUCGACGAUAUGAAUCAGAUCCAGAGAAGGGUUUAACAGAUGCAAAAGCAGCAGCAAUUCUCGCUCGAGAUGGAAAAAAUGCAUUGACACCACCGAAAACUACACCAGAAUGGGUGAAAUUUUGUAAACAAAUGUUUGGCUUUUUCGCUUUGCUUCUUUGGGCAGGUGCAAUUCUUUGUUUUGUUGCACAUGCCAUUACUGUUGCAACACAUCAUGGAGAAGCUCCAAAUGAUAAUUUAUGGCUUGGUGUUGCUUUAACGAUUGUUGUUGUCAUUACUGGAUGUUUCUCAUAUUAUCAAGAAGCAAAAAGUUCAAGAAUUAUGGAUUCGUUCAAAGACAUGGUUCCACAACAAGCAAUUGUUACACGUGAGGGACAAAAUAAGAAUGUGAAAUCCGAAGAUCUUGUUGUUGGUGAUAUUGUUCAUGUGAAAUUUGGUGAUCGUGUUCCUGCCGAUAUUCGAAUUUUGGAAGCACAUGGAUUCAAAGUUGAUAAUUCUUCAUUAACAGGCGAAUCAGAACCUCAAUCUCGUUCCGCUGAGAAAACACACGAUAAUCCAUUAGAAACGAAAAAUUUAGCUUUUACAAGUACAUUUGCUGUUGAAGGAACAGCUAAAGGAGUUGUUAUUCGUACUGGAGAUCGUUCUGUCAUGGGUCGAAUUGCUAUUUUAACAUCUGGAUUAUCGACAGGUGAAACACCAAUUGCAAGAGAAAUUGCUCAUUUUAUUCAUAUUAUUACUGGUGUUGCUGUGUUUCUUGGUGUUUCAUUUUUCAUCAUUGCAAUUGCUCUUGGUUAUCCAUUAAUCGAAGCUGUGAUCUUCUUAAUUGGAAUUAUCGUUGCCAAUGUACCAGAAGGUCUUUUAGCAACUGUUACAGUUUGUCUGACUUUAACAGCGAAACGAAUGGCGAAAAAGAAUUGCUUAGUGAAAAAUCUUGAAGCUGUAGAAACUCUCGGUUCAACUUCGACAAUUUGCUCAGAUAAAACAGGAACAUUGACACAAAAUCGCAUGACUGUUGCUCAUAUGUGGUUCGACAAUCGAAUUGUUGAAGCUGAUACAUCUGAAAAUCAACAAAAUGUGACAUAUGAUAAAACGUCGGCUGGAUGGUUGGCUUUAUCACGUUGCGCCAUGUUAUGUAAUCGAGCAGAUUUUAAACAAGAUCCGGAAAAUUUGUCUCUACCUGUUUUACAACGUGAAUGUAAUGGUGAUGCAUCUGAAUCAGCUCUGCUCAAAUGUGUCGAAAUUUCAAUCGGAAAUGUGAUUAAAUUUCGUGAAUCAAAUCGAAAAGUUUGUGAAAUUCCAUUCAACUCAACAAAUAAAUAUCAAGUCUCAAUUCAUGAAAUGCGAACGGGAACGGAUCCAGGAAAUCAACGCAUUCAUUACUUAUUGGUGAUGAAAGGAGCGCCUGAAAGAAUUCUUGAAAGAUGUUCGACAAUAUUUAUCGAUGGACAAGAUAUUGAAAUGAAUGAUUAUUGGCGUGGAGAAUUUCAACAAGCAUAUAUGGAAUUAGGAAGUUUAGGUGAACGCGUUUUAGGAUUUUGUGAUUUACGGUUACCAACAAAUAAAUUCCCACAAGGAUUCGAAUUUGAUGCUGAAAAGGCGAAUUUUCCCGUGGAAAAUCUUCGUUUUCUUGGUUUAAUGUCUAUGAUUGAUCCACCACGUGCUGCAGUUCCUGAAGCUGUGGCAAAAUGUCGUUCGGCUGGUAUCAAGGUUAUCAUGGUCACCGGUGAUCAUCCAAUAACAGCAAAAGCCAUUGCACGUGCUGUUGGAAUUAUCUCCGAAGAAUCUGAAACAGUUGAAGAUAUUGCUCUACGAUUAGGUGUUCCCAUUGAACAUGUUAAUCCACGUGAUGCACGCGCCUGUGUUGUUCAUGGAACUAAUUUGAAAGAUAUGUCUACUGAACAAUUAGAUGAUCUAUUAAAAAAUCAUUCGGAAAUCGUUUUUGCUCGAACAUCACCACAGCAAAAAUUAAUUAUUGUUGAAGGUUGUCAAAGACAAGGAGCGAUUGUUGCUGUUACUGGUGAUGGUGUUAAUGAUUCACCUGCUCUGAAAAAAGCUGAUAUUGGAGUGGCCAUGGGUAUUGCUGGUUCAGAUGUUAGUAAACAAGCAGCGGAUAUGAUUUUAUUAGACGAUAAUUUUGCGUCGAUUGUCACAGGAGUCGAAGAAGGUCGUUUAAUCUUUGAUAAUUUAAAGAAAUCAAUUGCUUAUACAUUAACAUCGAACAUACCUGAAAUUACUCCGUUUUUAAUGUAUUUGAUUACUGAUACACCUUUAGCAUUGGGAACAAUUACAAUCUUAUGUAUUGAUUUGGGUACAGAUAUGGUUCCUGCUAUUUCAUUAGCUUAUGAACAAGCAGAAACAGAUAUUAUGAAAAGAAGACCAAGAGAUCCAAAACAUGAUCGACUCGUUAAUGAACGUCUGAUUUCAAUGGCGUAUGGACAAAUUGGACCAAUUCAAGCAGGUGCUGGUUUCUUUACUUAUCUCGUUAUUAUGGCACAGAAUGGAUUUUUACCAUCACGUUUAUUGGGCUUGAGAAAAUCAUGGGAAUCGAGAGAAGUUAAUGAUUUAGAAGAUUCUUAUGGACAGGAAUGGACAUAUGAACAACGUAAACAAUUGGAAUUCACUUGUCAUACUGCUUUCUUUAUUACUAUUGUUGUUUGUCAAUGGGCUGUAUUAAUCGUUUGUAAAACUCGACAAAAUUCAAUUUUGAAACAAGGAAUGAACAAUUGGAUGUUGAAUUUUGGUUUAGUCUUUGAAACAGUCUUAGCUGCUAUAAUCUCUUAUACACCAUAUUUAGAUACAGCAUUGAAUACUUAUCCAUUGAAAUUUGUUUGGUGGCUUACUCCAUUACCUUAUUUCUUCUUGAUUUUAAUUUAUGAUGAAGUUCGAAAAUACAUUAUUCGACGAUAUCCAGGUGGUUGGGUCGAAAGAGAAACUUAUUAUUAA